CGGACGCGUCAGGGGCUCGCGCUCCCCCCAGUUAUCCCCCAGUUUACCUUCGGACCAGCCUGUAAUGGACUACUCCAGUUCUCCCAGCGACCUGGACGCCUUUUAGAAACAUUUUUAGCUCCUUCACCUCCAGGUUUUCCUACAUUCAAGUCAGCAGGAUGGCUGAUAAGGAGCCCGAAUCGCCUGGAAAACUAAAGACAUUAUUAUAGCCAGAAUUGGCUUUUUCGGAAUAGGGGGCCUAUCCGAGCGGACUAUUUCUUUUCUCAACUUUCCCCACUGUGGAUAAUGGAUGGCAGAGAUUUUGGACCUCCCCGAUCCGUCCACGUACCACCUCCGUUGUUGGCGGGGCUCGCAAUGGAGUCUCACCGACUCGGAGCAGCAGCAGCAGCCGGGAGGAUCCCUCCCUCGCCCGGUCACUUGGGCGCGAGUCAUCCGCCGCCUCUCCAUUCCGGAAAAUUCCUGCCAUCGGCCAUUAACCUACAUCCACACCACAGCGAUGCCUUCCCGGCAGGCUCCAGUCCUUUCCUGUCAGGUUUUCCCGGCCCCUCCCCCCUGACCUCUGACCCAGCAUACAGAUCGGCCAAUCCCAGCAGUCUGCAGAUGGCUCAGCUCUGGGCAUCACCGGCUCAUGAAGGCUACCCUCCUCUGCCAAGCAGCCUGUAUUCCAGCCCCUAUCUGUCCCUGGGGCACCUGGAUCCUCCCUCGCUGUCUCAGCACCCUCUCUACGACUCACAUAAAGAGAGCUUUUUCCUGCCAGCCUCCCUGAGCCAGUUGCCUCUCCACCCUCCAUCUGCUCCUCCGACUGCCCCGUCCAGCUCCACACCCCCUCAGAGGACGUCCCGGGACGGGGGUAGAGACCGGCCUUACCGAGGGGAGAGGGAAAGAGAGAGGGACAGGGAGAGAGAGCGUUCGAGAGAGGAGCAGAGGCCACACAGUGUGGUGGACCUGACGCAGGACGGGAGGAGCGAGGAGGACCGCAGAGCAAGGAGCGGCGACCGGGAACGAGAGAAAGACCGGGACGCGGAGAGAGACAGAGACAGUUGGCCCUUCCAUCUUCACUCCAACCAGCAGAAGUCACACUCCCAGCCUUCUACUGUGGAGCCACGAUCCAGGCCGUCACCCCCGCAGCACUCCCUCCCAUCUGGCGGGGGUGGGAGGUUUCAUGGACCAGACACAGACAGAGGAGGUCGGGAGGAAGAGGGCGGCUCUCGACCCCACCACAACCAUAACUCAAAUAACGCUAACUCAAAUAACUCUCACUUAGACAGACAAAGGAGAAAUGACUCUAUGGCCAUGUCAGCUGGGACCCUCCACAUCUCCUACGCCCUCCCCCCUGCGCUUCAGCCCUCUGCCGCUGGACCGCCUCACCCUUCCACAACCAGAGAGUCUAUCAGAGAGCAGCGAGUUAGCGCACCGACAUAUGUGCCUUCUGUGGAGGUUUACGACGAGCGGGUUGGGCCCAUUCAGAUCGCCUCGCAGGCCCGCGACAACAAACACAGCGACAAACACAGAGAAAGGGAGCGCGACAGAGAACGAGAGCGCGACAGAGAGCGCGACAGAGACAGAGAGCGCGAACGUGAGAGAAACAGGGAGAGGGAGAGCUACAGGUUUCCUGAAAGGAGCCUGAUGGAGCAUCCUCGCCUCUCCCAGUCUGGCGAAUCAGGCAAUCAAAGAGAGGAAGGUUCUGUCAUUUGUUCCAAUGGUUCCGUUGGUAAACGAGGCCAGGACGCCUCUUACACCAGUCAAUCAAGGUUCAGCCCGGAAAACAGGGACAUCUCUAAACACUCAAUGCGAUUGGGUAUAGAGCGGGCAGGGGCGGAGCCUAAGUGGAAUACCAUCAGCCCGUUAGCCAACUAUGCCACGAGUCACAUGGCUGCCCUGGCAGCCCAGCACGGACACACACUCUCCUCUCCCCACAGCCAGCCGACACACACACAGAUGUCCCCUCACACAACCAGUCGGCCAGGCAACAACUCCCACUCCUCCCACAGCCAUUCCCCCCAGACACACCCCUCCCAACACACACAUGGGCGUGCAGGUGAGGAGGGGAGUCAGAGACGCUACCUGGACCCAUCGGCGCUCUACCGACCUGGAGGGUCGUUGGGAGGAGAGCGCGGUGUGGGAGCAGGUUCAGAUCCCACAGAGGUUUCAGCCAUGCAGAGUCUCAUUAAGUACAGUGGAAACUUUGCUGCUGAGGGUCCGGGGUCCUCCAGGCACGCUGCAGAUGGCCGAGGUCCCUUUGGGGGCCUGGCUAGCGUCGGGGUGGAAGCUGAACGAGAGAGGGAGAGGGAGAAAGAAAGAGAGCGUGACAGAGAGAGGGAGAGGGAAAAAGAUAGAGAGCGUGAAAGGGAAAGAGAACGUGAGAGAGACAGGGAAAGGGUUUCAGUUGGAUCAUCGGGUGGUUCAGGGGCGUUGAGGGUGCCGCCACAGCUGAAGAGAGAGCAGGAACGGCCGGAUAGCGCACGCUCAUUUGGCCGAGAGGGGGAAGGGGAGGUGCGCCACCCUCCGGUUGGCAUUGCUGUAGCUGUGGCCCGGCAAAGAGACAGUGGGAGCACCAGUAAACAGACCAGUGGACCCUCGGACACACAGAGGACCCUGCUGCAAACAGCCAUUAAAGAUGAGGAGCGAGGGGAGGACCGUGGGCGUCACCAUGACGACAGACUGCUGGCCGGCCGGCUGGAGCGUGAGCAGGAGAAAGUGCUCAGAGAGUCCAAGGAGCUGGCAGAGUUUACUCAGAUGCACCCUACACCGCUGUCUAGCGGCCUGACACCCAGUAUGAUGACUCCCAGCCUCAUGACCCCCAACCUAAUGGUGACAGGAGGAGCUGCCCUGGCAGGGGCGGGGCGAUGGCCUCCAGACCCCUCAACUCUGACCUCUCACCCCUGGAUGCCUCGACCUGGAGCUCCCCCAGUGUGGCUCUCCAGCUCCCCAUACAGCCUGGGUCCUUCCUCACUCCAUCAGACCCUCCCCCCAGGCUACCCACCCUCUCUGCCAGGCUCCAUACCCCCUCCCUACCAGUUUGCCAGGGACCCACAGUCUGGACAGCUAAUAGUCAUCCCCACUGAACACCUGCCACACUACGGAGGUGAUGUACUGGAGCGUGGAGCCCCAGUGUGGUCGGGGGUAUACGGUACAGGCAGCUCGCUGCAGCAUGCAGCCCAGCUCCAGCUCCUCUCCCAGCAGCAGAUGCUCCGGCAACAGGAGCUGCUCAUGAUCCAGCAGCACACAGCGCAGGUCCUGGAGCUGCAGAGGAACGCACAGCUAGUCGAGCGUUUAAAGGCCAGCGAGCACCGGCCAGAGCUGGAAGACAAGGCAGACAAGCGGAACGCCGACCCCAAACCUCGCCCCUCCUCGAUAUCUUCCCCAUCUCCCUCACCCAUCCUGCACCCCCGCAAACCUCCCCCUCCCUCUCGCUCACCAACCCCGUCUACCUCCUCCCUCACCCCGCUGCCUCCACUCCCGUCACCAGUGACCACCCUCAAGUCAGAAGAAGGCGGACAGAGAGUGUUGUCUCACCCCCCGACGCCCCUGCCUCACCCGCCGUCCCCCCGCUCAGCCUCUCCGCCACCGUCCUCGCCACGGCGGCCUAAACUGGAGGCGGCUGAGGAGGGGGAGGUGGGACGGAGGGAGCAGAGAGAAGGACAGAAGCCGGCCUCUGCUCCCUUUCAAGGCAUCUACUCUGAUCUCCCUCCAGGUUACCCUUACCAGUCCAUCACUGCACCUUUCGGCUCACCUUUCCCCCCUUAUCACAUCCCAGCACCCACAGGGACAAGCACAGAAGUUGUCCCACCCCACCGCUCCCGCUCUCCCGCUCCCGCCUCUGCUGUCCCUUUGCCUUCAGCCCACCUCCAUCCAAGACUGCUGGACGCAGACAUCAAGCCACAGAAACUAGAGCCGUCAAAGACAGGAUCUUUCCUCAAGCAGGAACCAGGUGUGGAGCAGCCUCCACUUGACAUGACGCCAGAACCUUUGGGUCCUCUUCGCCGUAGUUGCAGCCCUGUGCUACCCAGCCAGGACAGAGAGGAAGACGGGAAAGCCCUGAAGCCUCAACCUCAACCGCUACCUCUGCUUGUCCCCAGCCCUCCACCACGACAGGGUGAAAGACUGGAAGAAGUCAGGGAGGAGGAGAAGGAAGGAGGGCAAAUCAAAAUGGAGGUUUUAUCUUACUCCUGUCAGGCAGCAUACCCCCUGCCUCCUCCACUCACAGAGGCCGAGCCUAAACCAGAGGUCAUCAAGGAUGCAGAGCGAUAUCCCCCGUGCAUCGCUGCAGAAUCAGACAGCCAGAAGUCUGCUCAGAUGUGUACGUCACUAGAACAAAUCACCAGCACAGUGUGUGAACAAGAACAGCCAGACACUCCAAUCAACGUGCACACUCCCAGUCAGAAAGAAAGUGUCACUGAAACUCCUAUUUAUCCGCCUCCCACCUCCAAAUCGCCGCUCCCGCUGGUCAUCGGUUCUGAGGAUCCCAUGGCAGGGAUGUUUGCUCUGCUGGCAGCCAGUGAGAUGGCGCAGGCCCGCCCCAACACCCCACCUGCCCCGACGCUCAUACCACAGAUAGAAAACCCUCCCAUGGGUGCAGACUGUGCUGGCGCUCUGGAGAUGGUGGCGCUGGAGGGGAUGGCCUUGCUUAGCCAGAUGGCCCAGCGAGAGAUGGAGCACAUCAGCAAGGAGCAAGAUCUGACGUUAGAGGGUCUGGACUGUCUUCUCGAAGCAAGCAGACAGAUUUUGUUGGAGGCCAUCGAGAAACAGUCCCACAUUGAUCUGCCCAGAACGCUGGACCCCAACAAGAAGUACAGCUGGAGGCAGAGGAAGGAGGAGCCGCUGUACAGUAAAAUGUCCAUGGACGUGUUGGACGCAGUGGAAGUGGAGUACCGCGUCCGCCUGGCUGAGCUGCAGAAGACGUACAAGGAGAAGCAGAGAGAUCUGAGCAAGCUGCAGAGACGCAGAGACAAGCGUGAGCGGCAGCAGCAGGAGGAUGAGAGGCGGAGUCUGACCAGACGGGGCAGAGGAAGACCCAGGAAGAGGAAACUCUUGGCUACACCUCCCAAACUGGAUGGCAGGCCUGGAAAGGUGGGUAGGACAGUGCAAUACUCUGAGGACUCUGAAGCCGGGGAGGGACAGAGGAAGAGGUUCCGGGUGUCCAGAGAAGAAGAGGAGGUGGAGGCAGGAAAUGGUGGAGUGAAGAUUAAGAAGAAGAAAAAGAAGAAGAAGAGCUGGAAUGACCAGGAGCCAUCCACCAGUCAUGCUCUGGAGGUGUUAAAGGCGAAACGAGGCCACAUGUGCGAGCAAGAGCAGCUGGCGUCAGAUCUCGACCGAGCGCUUUCGCUCUCGCAGCUCGGCUCACUCGGGUCGCUUGGCGCAUCUCGCAAACUUACCUCCAGCUCCAAAUUAGACAAGUCGAAGAGCAAGUCUGCGGAAAGUCGGAUGAAGCAGCGAAGCAUCCUACCAUCCGCCAAAGCAGGGAAACACAAGAUGGCUGCCAAGGCUUCUGCCUCAGAGACCACCCGGAAGGUGAAAGGUCAGAAGAAGACUGCUAUGUUCUCUCCCAUGAGAUCAGAGCUCAGCAGCUGCUCCAACAACUCAGAUUCAGAGGAGCACAAUUCUGCUCGAGGGGGCUGGCCCCCUCUCUCAGGGACGCGUUCCCACAGCAACCUGGCCAGGAAGAGGCGGUCCGCAUCGUCGCCGACAUCUCCGCUGUCCAGCCAGAAGUCUCAGAAGAAGAAACACAAGCACUUAUCCCUGCUGCUGGAGGAGGCCGGCCUCAGCUCCUCCGACGACUCCUUUGACCAAGAAACCUCCGAGGACGAUGACGACAACGAGGACGACACAGAUUCGGACGACGAUGGCGGCUGUGAGGAGAGCGGGCUGGGUCUGCUGGCCAGGUUUGCGGCGAGCGCACUCCCUGUCAGCUCAACCCCGCUGAGCCUUCUCCAUGACGGCAAACACCGCAGCAGGCAAAGCACUCUGGGGUCGUCAGAGUGCGAGUGGUCAGACUCUGGCUCAGACUUGCGACUGAGGAAGUUCCCCUCUCUGCUGCAUGGCAAGCGCUCCGCCCCAGAGCUCCCCCUGUUGCCCCCAGCAACCCGCCGCAUUGACCAGACCAGCCCCACUAAGCGGGAUGACACUAUGCCAGUCAAACGCAAGCCUCUGCCCAAGCCACGCCCCUCACCCCGGUCGCCGCGACGAUUCAGCUUCGACCUGCCCUCCAGCUCUGGGUUCGGAGGCUUCAGCGAGGAUGAGGGCUGGACCAGGCGACGCAGCGAGAGGAUUUUCCUCCAUGACGCCACCACCACGGCCAAUCAGAUGCCUGUGCCAGCCUCCACCUCUGCCAGUCAGAGCUCCUCCUCUUCCUCCUCCAGCUCAGCCCCGCCUCUCACCCCGAAGCCAGUCUCCAGACCCAAACCCUCUCCGCCCAGCAGAGAGGGGAAAGAUGUGGUGAAAAAAAAGAAGCUGAAGGACUCUCCUCUGCCCGUGAGCCCGUCCACUCUGUGCAGCCCAAUCACAGACAGCCCUGCACCUCUGAGCCUCAGCCCGGCACGCAAGAGCCAACCAAAAGCCAAGACCAAGGCCAGAGAGCCCUCCAGAGGAGCGGUGAGCCGGCUGAUGGAGAGCAUGGCAGCAGACGAAGACUUUGAGCCCAAUCAGGACAGCAGCUUCAGCGAAGAUGAACUCGUCCCGCCACGUAGCAACAGCGUAUCGGAGAGGUCCUCCACACCUGCUCCAGUGCAGUGUGUGUUGGAUAAGGAUUCUCUGGUGGACGGACUCAGAGUCUUGAUCCCGAUGGACGACCAGCUGCUGUAUGCAGGACACGUGAACACUGUACACUCCCCUGACAUAUACAGCGUGGUGGUGGAGGGGGAGAGAGGGAACCGACCUCACAUCUACUGCUUAGAACAACUGCUGCAGGAGGCUAUCAUCGAUGUGAAACCUCCAUCAGUGCGCUACCUCCCAGAAGGCACCCGCAUCGCCGCCUACUGGAGCCAGCAGUACCGCUGCCUUUACCCCGGCACUGUUGUCAACGGAAGUUCAGAUAUUGAUGAGAAUGAUGACCUCAUCACGGUGGAGUUUGACGAUGGUGACACAGGCCGCAUCCCCCUCUCUCACAUCAGACUGCUGCCGCCGGACUACAAGAUCCACUGCGCUGAGCCGUCCCCUGCUCUGCUCGUGGCCAGCUGCUCCAGGAGGCGAGUCCGCAAAUGCAGCAAAGAGGGCAAAGAAGCGGGAACAAAGCCAGAGGAGACCGCUCCUAAGAUCAAAGGAAAGCCAGGCCGAAAACCCAAACCCAAACCAGACACCUCCAUGAACCCAGACAGCCGAGAGAAAGCCGAUCCUCCAUCUUGCUCCGCUCAGCCCACAGAGAGACCCCAGGCUCCGCUCAAGCCUUCCCAGGACAGGACCUCUUCAAUCCAGAAGGCAGCUCAGGAGAAGCCCCGUCCUGCAUCCCGACCAACGAUGGGAACCCAGGCAAAACCAGCCCGCAAGAGCUCUACCACAUCUCCCGCAAGUAGCCCCACCCUUCCCAGCCCAGUGCCCAGGAAGGCCAGCUCAGCCCAGCCUUCAGCUCCUAAACCAGCCCGCGCUCUGCCUCCCUCCCUCUACCCCUCCACAUACGGGAAAGUCCUGACUGUGGAUCUGUACAGCGAGCCCAAUCUCAGCUCGUACAACAACCAGCGCCGAGAAAGAGAGAACAGCAGCAGUGUCAGUCCCACUACAAACAGACCAAUGUCCAGACCCAGUAUGGCGACAUCAUCUACUGCACCCAAGCCAAGUGCUUCAUCCACACCCAGACCCACCGCUGCCUCCUCACCAAAAACAAAACCCUCCUCGGACCAUCACGGCAGCUCCAGACCCAGCCACAGCUCUGGACUCAUACCCAGCAGCAUGUCCAGGCUGUCAACAGGCAAACCCAGCUCCUCACUCACUCCGAGACCGUCAUCAUCAUCAUCUUCACUUUCGUCAUCAUCUGCCCCUAGACCCAAACUGAAGAUGCCGUCCGACCAGCUACCCUCAAGACCCAGCCCCAUCUCCAGACCCAAGCCUAGCACGGGGCAAAGUGACGUGGGCUCGCUGUUGAGGCGCAAACCUCUGUCUGCAGAGCCCCUCGUGAAGCUCGACCAUGAAGGUGUCACCUCCCCCAAGACCAAGAAGACAAAGGCCCUGAUGUUGCUAGAGGGUCGGGGCGUCAGAGGAGAACACACCCCCAUCACCACAGCCACGACCAAUCAGAAACUGCUGAAGGCUAAACCGAGGGCUCCAGACAGAGAGUCUAGCCUCCCGGAGAAAGACUCCACCUACAAAGCACCACUGCUGACUAAGGAGAAGACGGAAAAUCGUGGAAGUGCUCCUCGAGGACAAGAGAUGGACACAAGAGAGGAGAAAGGUAAAAAGGAGGAGAGAAAGGAGGUGGAGAAAAGAGAUGAGAGGAAGAUGAAAGAGGAGUCUCAGAGCAGCAGCAGCUCAGAGUCGGAGGAAGAAGGGGAGAAAGGGAAGAUGAAGAAAAAGAAGAAAUGCACUUCAAGUUGCUCGUCCUCCUCUUCAUCCUGCUCUGGCUCCUCCUCAUCUUCUUCAUCAUCGUCUUCCUCCUCGUCGUCAUCGUCCACUGAUGACUCCUCAUGCAGCUCAGAUGAAGAGAGGACACCUACGCCUCCACCAGCCCCUGUCACCCCACCACCAGUACAGGACAAACCGAAAGAAGAACCAAAAGAAGAAGAGGAGGUGGAGGUGAAGAAGGAGGUGGAGGUAAAAGUGGAGGAAGAGGAGCUAUCUCCUCCCUCACAGUCUCCCUCCCCAUCAACUUCUCCGACUCCUUCCACUCCUGCGCCGGCUAAACCUGCUAAACCAGCCACUGGGAAGGGCUCGGGGCAAAGGGGUCGUCCUCCGAAGCCAAAGCCCAGCGGAGGAGAGGGGAAGGUGGGGAGACCAAAGCGGAGAGAGGGCGUCCACCUCCCCACAACCAAGGAGCUGGCGAAACGUCAGAGGCUCCCCAGCGUGGAGAACAGGCCCAAAAUUUCUGCUUUCCUUCCAGCCAGGCAGCUCUGGAAGUGGUUCGGAAAACCCACUCAGAGACGCGGUAUGAAGGGCAAGGCGAAGAAACUCUUCUAUAAGGCCAUUGUGCGCGGCCGAGAGAUGAUCCGCAUCGGUGACUGUGCCGUGUUUCUGUCCGCCGGCCGGCCCAACCUGCCCUUCAUCGGCCGCAUCCAGAGCAUGUGGGAGUCGUGGGGCAGCAACAUGGUGGUCAGGGUCAACUGGUUCUAUCAUCCAGAGGAGACAAACCCCGGCAAGAAACUCACCGACAAGAAGAACUGGGAUCAGAUGUGUGGUCAGUCUUUACCAGCAGCUCUGCACUCUUCUAUCCAGAGGAAAGACUUCAUGGAGCGCGCCCUCUACCAGUCGUCACACAGCGACGAGAACGACGUGCAGACGGUCAGCCACAAGUGCCUGGUGGUCAGCGUGGAGGAGUACGAGCAGAUGACCCACACACGCCGUUACGCCGACAGUGAGGACCUCUACUACCUGGCCGGCACCUACGAACCCACCACCGGCAUGAUCUUCAACACCGACGGAGUCCCAGUCAUCUGCUGAACAAAGACAGAAACUCACUACGAGUUGCUGAAACCAAAUCGUGACACUCACUGGGAGUCAAACCCGACCAAGUCUAAUCACUGAUCUUCACUCAUGACGGAUCUUUCAAUGAACUCCACCGCUCAGACACCACGAUACACUUCAAACAGACUGUCGUGAACAGCUUCUACUACAGAGACGGAGACACUAUAGACAGUAUUACAAGGAACACGUCUCCUGAAACGUUUGCACACACAGACUCCAUCAACACAUAACACUGUUCUGCUCGAUGUGUUCAUGAGAAACUCUUCAGAACACGCACGAGCACCUCAGUCUCCUUUUACGUGUAAAUAAUCCUCUGCAUAAACAAGCAUUUACACCCACACAUGCACAGACACGUGUAAAUACUCACCUCCAUGUAAUACACACACACACACAGUUAUAUAGAGGAAAAUAUGAGUGUUUUAUUUUCAUGUAAUAGAUUUAUGUCAGAGUACUUUUUUCUAAAGAGGUAAACAGUUGAGAAGCUUUAAUGAACUGUGAAUGAUGAUACAGGAGAGAGGCCCCGUGUCUGUCCGUCAGACGGCGGUGAUGUGACGUUGUGAUUAUGAUGUUGCCGUGGUGAUGUUACAGUCAUGUUACAGUCAUAUAAAUGUAUCUACAGAACAGCAGGAGCGACAGACAGAGAAAGAGACGCACAGAAAGCGAGAGGUAGAAACUCCUUCCAUUGCUGUCCAACAGAGAGCACUUAAAACACUUAAAUUCUGUCCUCCUUUAAUUUAACCCCGUAAAUUCCCCUUGACAAUCCUAACGCUGGCAGGAAAGCUGUCUGCAUGCUACUAAAACUUCUGACUCCCUCAGAGACUCAGGCUUAAAGAGAGAGGAAGGAAUCUUGUACUAUUUAAAGCACUUCCCAUUUUUCAUCUUUGAGUUCUUUAUUUUUAAGGAAAAAUCCACCCUGAACAAACACUAUGAAACAAAACCAGCUGCUGUUGAUUUAUCUUGUAUUCUGCCCAUUUUUGCUCUGAGGUUGAACAUCAAAAACGUGGAGAAGUAGAUCCUGAAGGAGGCAGAGACACCAGUUUCUCUGCCAGACAGACACCUCAAUAGAUACAGUCGGUAUUUAUGGGAAAAUAAACGUAAAAAUACAAAGUUAAAGGGUAUUUUCAGCGUAUUUUCCCAUGUUUUUGUGUCUAAGUGAUUAAUGGGAAUGUCAUUUUUUGAAAUUGGUCCAAUAAUGAGCGAGAGCAUGUUCGUACCGUCAUGUACAUCCACCAAAGGUGCUUGUUUUUGCCACUGACAGGCUCAGCUUGUUAUUAUAAGUGUCUGACAAUUAUUUAAAGGAUCCCUACAGAGAUAGACCUGUUUGUUCCUUUUUGUUUCACCAGAAACACCUGAAAUCACAAUCGUCAAACCUACCAGACUCCAUUUAAAUAAACAGUAAUUUCCAUGCGUCAGUCAAAGCAGAGCUGUCCCUAAUACCAGUUUUUGGGCAUCAAAGCUUCAGUGAAAAAUAUCCGCGAUGAAUCAAAGCUUUUAAAACGAUUAUGAUGAUAAUCUUUAUUGAUAAAGUGCUUGUCAAAACAGUGACAAAGUGCUCCACAUGUCAAUGAUUAAAACAGACAGGACAUGAAAACAACAACUCAAGAACUGAUCAAAAAACUGAGUGUAUAAAAACAGAGAAAAUAAAAGACUAAAGUAACUUAAAAGAAGGGAUUAAAAAGAGAUCACUGACUUGUCCGACCUGAUUUCCUCAGGCACAUUGUUCCAGAGCUUCGGGGUCCGGGACAGCAAACGCUCUGUCCCCUUUAGUUUUCAGCCAGGCCUCUGGAACAGACAAAAGACCUCUGGCUUGUACGGCAUUAAGAGGUCGUAGAUAUAGCUGGGACAGAGACCGUGGAGAGCCUUAAAAGUAAUCCGUAAAAUGUAGUCUGUAGUUUCUAGUUACACAAAAAGGUCUAUCUCUGUAGGGAUUCUUUCCAUAAUGUCAGAUGCUUAGAAUAAUAAUCUGAGCCUGUCAGUGGCAAAAACAAACACUUCUGGUAAACUGAUGGGGACAAAAAAGGAUCUCACACUUUAUCCAAACAGCUUCAGAUUGUUAAGCCACCGGUAAAAAGUUGUGAGCCUCCAAGGUCUUGUAGUUCUACGUCUUAAAACGUGCAUGAAAUUCACUAAAACAUGCUAGUCUCUUACAUCAUAGCGUUACUGGCUGUAGGGCUCUGAUUUGGUUUAAUUAAACAUAUCUAUAGUCUCCUAUGUGAGUUGAAAAACUGCGCUUUCCCAGCAUUUAAAGGCAGACUCCACCCCCCUAACUACAAGGACACACCGACUGUAUCUAUAGAGACGCAGCACAGCUACAAGAUUUAAAGCAUACUGGAAAACUGAGGACAAAAAUGGGCAACCAAGAAAAGUAAACUACAACACUUGAUGACAAAGUGACUCCGUACAUGCACUGAACGAGAGGAGCUGAUGUAUUGACAGUGUGGGAGUCUCAGAGGGUGGAUUAUUCCUUUUUUAAGGUGUUUUCAGGGUUGUAAACAUUGCAGUCAGUCCAAGACGCAUCAAGGUCAUGGCACUGAUAGUCAGUGUGAAGCUGCCAACGCUGAUUACAUCAUGAACAUAAUUCAAUUUUAACAGUUUGGCUUCCCUCAUUGGCUGCAGCGUUUUCAACCUCUAAAUGUCCCGUGCUGAAUUUUAUUUUUUUUUACUUUUGCUUCUGCUGUUUUAUGGACGUCUAUUGAUCACAUAUUCGCCCCUCCAAAGCAAUCAUCUUUGACAUGAGUGCACUUUGAACGAGCUCCGUUGCAGAGGAGACUCUGUGACUGGGAGUCUUGUAUGUCUUCCUAGAGUAUUUACCUAACCGCCCCCCUCCUGCAUGCCGCUGAAGCCCCUUCGCCCUUACACACAGAUACACACACGCAUCCCUUUGACACACACUUCUUUUCGGUUCUCUUUUAGCUGCUUAUGAAUUUUUUCCACGUGCCUAGUUUAACCGUUUUUUAGGGUGAGACUGUUGAAUGUUGUGCUCAGGGUUGUGAGCGUUUGGGCGGCCUUUACUCUCCCAGGCCUUAUGAUGAUGAUUCGCCAAAUCUCGCUUAAGUCCCGCCCCAUCCUCCCACCAUCAUAAAAGUAAUCAGACUGGUGUUUUCCCCAGAAAUGCCUUUCUUCUUUAUGAUUUAAACAACUCCGUUCCUGAGCUCUUAACCCACGUCGUUACACUAUUGUGUAUAGAGUGUGUAUCAGAUAUAUCAGUAUCUGUAUGCAGUAUAUGGUAUACUGUAUUCAUAGUAUAUAUCUGUGAUUAUCAUGUUGAUUUUCUCGUAUGUUUCUUACCACGUUGCCCUCGCUCUGCUUCGCCGCAGAGAUUGAAGAUUGUCUUGUUGAUAUUCAAUAGGUUUAAUGUUUUCUACUCUUUUGAGAUCUUUUGGUUAUGUCUGAUUUUAUGAUAUCGUAGUUGUACUCACUCUGAGAUGGCUGUCUGGAGGACGGCCCGAGAUGUUAAUGUUGUUAAUAUGACAUAUUCCCGUUAAAUGACACAAGACGUCUGCCAGUAGAAGUGGCUUUUCAGUGCAGGAGAGCUAAAGGAAAAGUUUGAUAAUGUGCUGCUAGUAUUGAAAGUGGAUUAACAAGGUACAGAGUGACUUUAUGUGCUGUUUUUCUAGAUAACUUGAUCAAUUGACGCCUGAAAAGUAGAGUUGUUCUGAUACCAGUAUCAGUAAUGCCUCCAGUACUACCUAAAAUGCUGCACUGGUUAACGGCAAAUACGAGUCUAUACAUCGAUCUGAUACCAUGUAAUUUAUUGCAAAACUGUAAAGUAGUUUUACACGGCAAAAGAAGAAUAAUUCAGGGUUCCCAUGGUCAUGAAAUUCCUGGAAAAGUUCUGAAAUAAGAAAACUGUUUCCCAGCCUGAAAAUUGUUUUUGAUUAACAGAAUGUUUUGGAAAAGUUUUGACUGUAGCAGUCAAACAGUUAAUUUUUUAAAUCACUGAAUUUUAAUGGUUCAUCUCGUUAAAUCUCAUUUUUAAUCGCAUGUUUAAAAUUCCAUUAUUUUGCAUUUCAAAGCUGUUUUAAGUCCCUUUUUACAAGAUAAAGUCAUUCUUACCAGAGUGUCUUGAUUGGAAAUCAGAUGAACGCAAAGAAAUUAAUAUUAUGAUCUUGAUUUUUAGAUUUAUUUCUUACAAAUCAGUGCUGCACUGCUACGGCAUUUCAGUGCGGCAAAGAAGAAUUCAGUGGGAACACUGUCAUGAAAUUCCUGGAAAAGUUUUCCAGACCUGAAAAUGUUUUUUAAUUAACAGAAUGUUCUGGGAAAGUUUUGAAUAGAACUGUCAAACAAUUAUUUAUUUAUUUAUUUUAUCACAAUUAAUCACUGAAUUUCAAUAGUUCAUCUCGUUUAAUCUCAUUUUUAAUUCCACGUUUAAAAUUUCAAUAUUUUAUUUUGCAUUUCAAAACAGGUUUAAAGUCAUUCAAAUGAAUGCAAAGAAAUUAACAUUAUGAUAUUGACUUUUAGAUUUAUUUGUUUCAGAUCAGUGCCACACUGCUACAACUGUUUGGUCUUGAAACCAUGACAAUACGCCAACCCGAGGACGCCCCUCAGGUCCAAGUCUUGCCACCCAUUUAGCAACUUAAAUAACGUAAAUAAAGUCAUGAAAAUGGGAUAAAAGGUUUUUAAAAUAUUGCUGAAAAAGUGAGGGAACCCUGAAAAUUGAUUUCCAGUAAAAAAGUGUAACGUUGGCCGUUAGCAAAAUCUCAAACUAGACAAUAAGAGAAAGUCUGUGGCAUUUAUUCUCUGUAUGUAUUUGUUCAUGUUUCACAAAGAGUUAAACCUGAGCCCUGCCACAUUACGAUAGCAAUUAUCGGAGGAGCUCUGGGUGUUUGACGUCCCACCUGUGCAGCGAGUGCCGGGGCUUAUUUGCUGACGGACGUUGGCUUGCAUGCACUGUCCAUGCUGCGAUGACACAGAGGUGGUUGAAAAUCUGCACAGAUUCCCUCGAUAUUAUUUAAGUUUCUUCAUGGUCUCCUACGAUUGUAUCUCGCUUGAACUACACUGCACUGCCCCAGAGUACGGACAGAAGGCUCCGUCUGUCUUUAUAUCUAACACUAGGCAUAAAUGAGCCCUGAAUAGUCUUUUACGCAGUGGUAUCAGAUCAGUGUUCGGUAUCAGCCGAUGCUCAAGGUCAGGUUUUGGAUUCGGUAUCAGGAAGGCAGGAGUGGUAUCGGAACAUCUCUACAGAAAAAUCUCAUCUGCUGAAACCCCGCCUGCUCCUUCAGGCCGAGACUCACAACUCCGCAGAGAAAAGUUCAAAAAGUUUUGAGUGACAGUCGGCCAAAAUGGAUCUGCGGCUGCCAUCUCAGCCGUGGGAGCGUAAUGGGUACACAGGUCGUACCGGUGUUUGCAGAGUGAACCCGUUAAUGUGCCCGUUAUGAAUGUUUGUUUACCCCUGGAGCUGCUGAAGCACUUUUUUUCUGUGUGUGUGUGUGUGUGUGUGUGUGUUUGUG